GGGUGCUGGAAUAGCCUGGCUGGCAAGGCGCUGUGGGGCUGGGCACUGACGUCGCGGCGGAUGGACCCUCUGAAACGCGUCUUCCAACUACUCCUCAUCCGCUAACACCAGGCAUCCGCAACCCGAUGCUGUCACCAUGGUGAGCUUCCUGCGGGGUUGGCGCGGGCAAUUUGCCCUAGCAGCGCUAUUUUUCAUAGCACUUGCCAGCCCAGCAGCGGCGUCGAUUGGCGAUCAACUGCCCGAGUUUAAAGAAUGUGUCGAGAUUUGCAAACACGAAAACUGCGGCCCAGGCGCGGAACAACAAACUGCCAUCCCCCUCCACCGCCGCCUCCUUCUCUGGACCUGCCCUGCCGAGUGUGACUACACCUGCCAGCAGAUCAUCACGGCCGCUCGCCAGUCGCGCGACCCGCCGCAGCCCGUCGUCCAGUUCCACGGCAAAUGGCCGUUCCGGCGCUUCCUGGGCAUGCAGGAGCCGCUCAGCGUGCUCUUCUCGCUGGGCAACCUGGCCGCUCACUACUACGGCCUGCACCACCAGGUGCGGCCCCGCAUCCCCGCCGCGUACACGAUGCGGCCGUUCUACGUCUUCCUGGCCCGGCUCGGCAUGGUGACGUGGCUGCUGAGCGCCGUCUUCCACACGCGGGACUUCCCCAUCACGGAGCAGCUGGACUACUUCGGCGCCGGCGCGUCGGUGCUCUACGGCAUGUACUACGCCGCCGUGCGGAUCUGGGGGCUGGAUCGGCCCGGCAACAGGCGCCGGCUGAGGGCGUGGACCUGGUUCUGCGGGAUGCUGUACGCGUGCCAUGUCGCGUACCUCCGCCUCUGGCGGUGGGACUACACGUAUAACACGCUGGCCUGCGUGGUGUGCGGCGUGGUCCAGAACGGGCUGUGGAGUUGGUUCAGCUGGCGGAGGUAUCGCCAGACGGGGGAGACCUGGGCCGUAUGGCCCGGCGUGGUCGUGAUGUGGGUGCUGAUGGCGAUGAGCCUGGAGCUGUUCGAUUUCCCGCCGCUAUGGGGGAGCUUGGACGCGCAUAGUUUGUGGCACCUUGGAACGAUUGCCCCGGCCGUGCUGUUCUACCAGUACGUUACGCUUGCCGAGACUGCUCUAAGACGGUUUUGUGCUGACGGCUCCUCUUAGUUUCCUCGUCAAGGACGCACAGGACGACAUUGCCAGGAGUGCUAGGCUAAAGGCUUGAACGGCGUACGCGUGGUGACGAAAAAAACAAGCCACACAGCCUGCUGCUGCUG